AUGGCCAGCACAUUAACCACUGAGCCACGCGAGCUAGUGCGGAGAUUGGCUACAAAGACCGAAGAAGAAGAAUUGCUCAGAGAACGAGAAGAAGAAGACUACCAGCGUUCGGCCCACAGCCCCCCUGGAGCAGAAGAAAUGGCAGCGCAGAGACAGCCGCCUCCCAGCCAACCAAAUAUUAAGCCAAACCCUCUCCUGAUGGCUGAACGAACUCGCCUCGAGUGCUUGGCACCGGUCACCCAAGUGUCAAUUGAUAAGCAAGGCGCUGCUAUGUGCGAGGCGCCGUCCUUCUUUACCGUACGGUGUUCCACGAACCCUAACCUGUUCAGUUUGCAAAAAGAAUCAGUUUCCCUCUUGUGUCUCGUCCUGCCCUUCGGACCUGCAAAUCAACCCUUCGAUAUGUUGAUGUCACAACAAGACGCCGGUGGGAAACCGUCGCAAGUGAUGGUUUUCCGUCGCCCUCUGCGACUUCAAAGUGGGCUCAAGGGAUGUUUCUGUGGCUGCCUCGGACAGGAGAUGAAGAUUGAAACCCCUGCUGGAACAACAGUAGCAUCCAUCUCCGAAGACAAUACUAGGUGGAGAACUUCCCUGACUAUCCGUGACGCCAGGAAACAGCCGAUUCUAAAAGUUUCGGGCCCCGCUCUGCCGCCUUACUGUUCCUGCAUGAAAUCUCCGGCCGUAUUCAAGGUGAAAUCCAUGGCGGGCUCUCCGCUUGGGGAGAUAAGGACAGACGGAUACAACUUCGUCGAUGUCUCGUUUCCCACGGACCUGGAUGUGCUGCUCAAAGGCUCUUUGAUCGGCUGCGGAAUUUUGGUCAGGCACAUGUUCGACCCGGAUGGAUGCAUUGUGCACUCGUCCGCAGGAGUCCUGAUUGGAUUCCUUUUAUGCAUUGGGUGUAUCUGGAAAUUCAGAGGCUUUGGAGGAAUACCUACCUCCCCCCUGGGGGGGAGGCGGCCCUGGCCCUGAUGGUCCAUGCACCAAAGAUGGACAACCUUGCGGUUUGAAUAAUAUACUUAUUGCUGUGGACAGCGCGCCACAGACUAACGAUACGUGUCUACAGCAUUGCGACGGUUCCAGACUAAUUAUGGACUAAACUGGACUGCGGACUAAACUAUGCGGACUGAACUGCGGACUAUGGACUAAACUGGACUAAACUGGACAAUGAAGAACGCGCCACUUUCUGCUUUGUAUGGGAAUUAGAGGCACAGCUAUUAUUCAGUGACGGUCUGCAUGACUCCUGUUUCUGGUGUUACAGGGAGCUGACCAACGUGGUGUCUUAUUUUCACGUUUGACGUAAGAUGCAUGGCUAAUCAACCAUAAGAGCGCAUCAGGUGUUGCGGGGAUACCUCUAGCAGGCAACACCCGGUGUGCUGCUGGUUAUGGUUCGUUGGUGCUGUUGGUGCGAUGUGAUUGGUUAAGGAUGUUAGGCAUGUUUGUGCGUAAAAACAUCAGGGCGCAGUACGUCAGUAUUUCACCGCACGACUAUAGCCAUUUCACAGCUAUACAGUUAGCUAUAAACGUACGGUGAAAUACUGACGUUCUGGCGCAGGUUACUGACGAAGUAAACUCUAGCAAGCAAGA